AUGGAAAUCUUGUUCCCGGGCGCUGUUCUGGCCGGUAUUUUCGGCGGCCAUCACCGUCGAGCAUGGUCCGAAGGGAGCACGCUACCCGCGUUGCGCUCGUGCAUGCGGUCCGCGGCAGCGGAAGUGUCCUUCCACUUCCAUGGAGCCCUCAGGUCACUUGUCGUCAAAGUCGCAGCUGGGAGGGUGGAUGAACGACAUAGCGUUGAUGGUUGUGCCACCACCAAGAACGCAGCCGGCCAUUCCUGCAAUCUCUCCAAUAGAAUCAUCGAACAAUUCCGCAGUGACACCCUCAAUAAACCGGAGGGUCUUCUUGAGAGUCGAAUCUCAAGACGUGGCCGUAUUGAGCACCACUUCGUGAUUGUCGGUGCAAUCAGCAUUGUUUUUGUGGAAGUUAAGAAGCAGCUGAUUUUUGGCAAGGACGGACUGGAUGUAAGAGGACAAGUCCUUGCCGAAUGCGCUGAAGAGUGUGACUAUUCCAAUGGGCGGGCAGGCCAUUGGACACCGAUACUUGUCGUCCUUUGUGACGGGAGAAAUUUUGAGUAUAUCGUCAUGAACUCUUCUGAUAGGAAGAUUUAUUCAACGGGAUGGACUCCCGGAAUCCAGGCCGACACGCGUGAUAAGUCGCGUCUUCUGUUGUCUUUGAAACGGGUGACAGAGAACUUGUUUGACUGGUUCCUGAUGUCUUUCAUGAAUGGUAUCAGAUCCCUUGCCAACCUUUCCAGCAAUCGUUCCAAGUUUGAAAAGCGAAUCUCCACUGAAAAAUGGACGAGCUCUCUCGCCAGUGUUGAGCGGGCUCACAGCCUGCUAAGACAGGCCGACCUGGCUUCGGCAGAGACCGAAUAG